AUGGCUGACAGCAUCCCGUUAAAUCCGGUGCGGAAGAACUCGAAGAGAGGACCGUAUUACAGCUCAGCCAGACUUUCAAGAUACUCCCCAGAAGAUGAGCCCUCUAACCUGGACGAGAUGCCUCUGAUGAUGUCGGAGGAAGGCUUUGAGAAUGAUGAGAGCGACUACCAGACGCUGCCCCGGGCCAGAGUCAGUCAGAGACAGAGAGGCCUGGGCUGGUUCCUCCUGGGGGGGUGGAAAGUCCUCUGUGGCAGCUGCUGUGACUGCCUUGCACAUAUAUGUCGGAGGAAGAAGGAGCUGAAGGCCAGGACGGUCUGGCUCGGCUGCCCGGAGAAAUGUGAAGAGAAGUACCCCAAAAACGCCAUCAAAAACCAGAAGUACAACAUCUUUACCUUUGUGCCUGGGGUUCUCUACCAGCAGUUCAAGUUCUUCCUCAAUCUCUACUUUCUGGUGGUGGCCUGUUCCCAGUUUGUGCCAUCACUGAAAAUUGGAUAUUUGUACACUUACUGGGCUCCUCUGGGUUUUGUGUUAGCAGUUACAGUGGUGCGCGAGGCUGUGGAUGAAAUGCGACGGUACCAACGGGACAAAGAGAUGAACUCUCAACUCUACAGCAAGCUCACAGUGCGAGGUAAAGUUCAAGUGAAGAGUUCAGACAUACAAGUUGGGGACCUGAUCAUUGUUGAUAAGAACCAAAGGAUUCCUGCAGACAUGAUAUUCCUGAGAACAUCAGAGAGAAAUGGUUCCUGUUUCAUCAGAACCGAUCAGCUGGACGGAGAAACAGACUGGAAACUGAAGGUUGCUGUUGGCUGCACGCAACGACUACCAGCAGUGGGGGACCUCUUCUCCAUCAGCGCCUAUGUCUACGCCCAGAGGCCUCAGCUGGACAUCCACAGUUUUGAGGGGAACUUCACAAGGGAAGACACAGAUCCACAGAUUAAUGAGAGUCUGAGCAUUGAAAACACUCUUUGGGCCAGCACAGUCGUUGCAUCUGGCACUGUGAUAGGGGUGGUGAUCUACACAGGCAAAGAGACCAGAAGCGUACUGAACACGUCCUAUGCCAAGAAUAAGGUUGGCCUUCUGGACCUAGAGCUGAACCGCCUCACCAAAGCCCUGUUCCUGGCCCAGGUGGUUCUGUCUGUUGUCAUGGUAGCGCUGCAGGGGUUUGUGGGUCCUUGGUUCCGCAACCUUUUUCGAUUUGUCGUGCUUUUUUCUUACAUUAUUCCCAUCAGUCUGCGUGUAAACCUGGAUAUGGGGAAGUCAGCCUAUGGCUGGAUGAUCAUGAAAGACGAAAAUAUCCCGGGAACUGUUGUGAGAACCAGCACCAUCCCAGAAGAACUGGGCCGGCUAGUCUACCUGCUGACGGACAAGACGGGCACUCUGACACAGAACGAAAUGAUUUUCAAGCGGCUGCACCUGGGAACAGUAUCCUAUGGCACUGACACCAUGGAUGAGAUACAGAGUCACAUAAUCCAGUCAUAUGCACAGGUACCCUCCCAGCCUUCCAAUGGUAACACCAGUGGCAACACUCCAUCACGGAAAACCCAGACGUCAGGCCCCAAAGUCCGUAAGAGUGUCAGCAGUCGCAUCCACGAGGCUGUAAAGGCCAUCGCCUUGUGUCACAAUGUCACGCCCGUCUAUGAGUCUCAUGCAGGCGUAAAUGGAGAGACGGAGUCUGCUGAAGCUGACCAGGACUUCAGUGAUGACAACCGCACCUACCAGGCCUCCAGUCCUGAUGAGGUGGAGCUGGUGCGAUGGACAGAGAGUGUCGGCCUCACCCUGGUGAACAGAGACCUGACCUCCCUGCAGCUGAAGACUCCUUCUGGACAGAUUCUCUCCUUCUACAUCCUGCAGAUCUUCCCCUUCACCUCUGAGAGCAAAAGGAUGGGCAUCAUCGUCCGGGAGGAAUCAACAGGAGACAUUACUUUCUACAUGAAGGGUGCUGAUGUUGCCAUGGCGAGCAUCGUCCAGUAUAACGACUGGUUGGAAGAAGAGUGUGGGAACAUGGCCAGAGAAGGCCUGAGGACGCUGGUGGUGGCCAAGAAGUCUCUGUCUGAGGAGCAGUAUCAGGACUUUGAGAACCGCUACAACCAGGCAAAGCUGAGUAUCCAUGACCGAGCCCUGAAGGUUGCAGCAGUGGUAGAGAGCCUAGAGAGGGAGAUGGAGCUUCUGUGUCUAACUGGAGUGGAAGACCAGCUACAAGCAGACGUCAGGCCCACCCUGGAGCUGCUCAGGAACGCUGGCAUCAAGAUCUGGAUGCUGACAGGGGACAAGCUUGAGACAGCUACAUGCAUUGCCAAAAGUUCCCAUUUGGUCUCGAGAAACCAAGACAUCCAUGUCUUCAAACCGGUCUCAAACAGAGGAGAGGCCCAUCUGGAACUCAACGCCUUCAGAAGGAAACAUGACUGUGCUCUGGUCAUCUCUGGAGACUCCUUAGAGGUGUGUUUGCGGUAUUAUGAGCAUGAAUUUGUAGAGCUGGCAUGUCAGUGUCCAGCGGUGGUCUGCUGUCGCUGCUCCCCGACUCAGAAGGCCCAGAUCGUCACACUGCUACAGCAGCACACAGCCAACAGAACCUGUGCCAUCGGUGAUGGAGGAAAUGAUGUCAGUAUGAUCCAGGCUGCAGACUGUGGUAUUGGAAUUGAAGGAAAGGAAGGGAAGCAGGCGUCUCUGGCCGCAGACUUCUCCAUCACCCAGUUUAAGCACAUUGGACGUCUGCUUAUGGUUCAUGGCAGGAACAGCUACAAGCGUUCUGCAGCGUUAGGUCAGUUCGUCAUGCACAGAGGCAUGAUCAUCUCUGCAAUGCAGGCUGUCUUCUCCUCUGUAUUUUUCUUUGCCUCUGUCCCCUUGUACCAGGGUUUCCUCAUGGUUGGGUACGCCACCAUGUACACCAUGUUUCCUGUGUUCUCCUUGGUUCUGGAUCAAGAUGUGAAGCCAGAGAUGGCUCUUCUAUACCCUGAGCUUUAUAAAGAUCUCACUAAGGGGCGUUCAUUAUCUUUCAAGACUUUCCUUAUUUGGGUUUUAAUCAGCGUGUAUCAAGGUGGCAUCCUCAUGUACGGCGCUCUGGUGCUGUUUGAGUCGGAGUUUGUGCACGUGGUCGCCAUCUCCUUCACAGCGCUCAUCCUGACCGAACUGCUGAUGGUGGCGUUGACUAUUCGUACCUGGCACUGGCUCAUGGUGGUGGCUGAGUUCUUCAGCCUGGGCUGCUACCUGGCCUCACUCGCCUUCCUCAACGAGUAUUUCGACUUGUCGUUCAUCACAACUUGGCCUUUCCUGUGGAAGGUGUCCGCCAUCACGUUGGUCAGCUGUCUUCCUCUCUACAUAAUCAAAUACCUGAAGCGCAAGUUUUCACCUCCGAGCUACUCUAAACUAUCCUCAUGAGCCAAACCUGGAUUACUUGUGCUUUUUUGUAGUUUCAUGUUUCACCGAGCUUUCUAUUUUCAGCACUUUUUUUACUCAGUGAUCCUCUGUGAUGGACAGGUGACCUGUGGAGGUCAAGGAAGCACUGGAACAAUCGAAAGUGGGGAGAAAUUAAAUAAUUGAUUUUUGGAUUAUAUCACUGAGACUUGGGAUAACUUGAAAAAAACGGAGCACAUAAAAAAGACCUAUAAAGUGACGGAAAGAAGAGCAAAAUGGUGUGAGUGACUGCUUUUAGAAGGCCUGAAAAACUUGAUCCCAUUUUGUCAGAAAGGGUCAAUCUGCCUUCUUUUGUUUUGAAGAUUUUCAGACAAAUCAGCUUCAAGUGUCAUUUUAUACAGUUCUGAUGCAUUACUUUCAAUGUUUAAAUUUUUAUAUGUGGAGUUCAGACUUUUUUUAAGUGUUAUUUUUUAUUCUAGGUAUUAAUUACAGUUGCUGGCCUGCAUCUGUGAACAGUGUUGAGUUGCUGUAAGGGAAUUCCUACAUCACUGUAAAUAUAGCCUCUACAUGCAGCUUUGAUUACUACUGCUGUCAAUGUAAUCCUCACUGCGCUUAACUCUUGUACAAAUGUGCAUUACAACAAUAAGACCAUUUACGAUGACAUUCACAAAGAUGUUAGAAAAAUGCUGGAACUUCUGUGGAUUUGCUGCUUUAUGUCCUUUACAAUUUUAAGACUGUGGUAUAUGACCUCAUCAGUACAUCUCCGUAGUAUAAAACCAGCACUCCAUAGCAACAUUAAAUGUUGUAUCGUCAGCAUUUUUGGCCUUGAUUAUACUGCAUAAUUUUACAUUUUAUGAUGUCUGUCAGUGGCCACCAGUCCUCUCGUCAGGACAUGGCAGCUCGAUUUGUGCCUCAUUAUGAUGUAUUUUAAUGUGCUGAAACUGCAUCUCACAGCAUUGGAUGUUAAGCAAUCAGUCAGAGGUUUUGGUUAGCGUUCGUUUUUGUUACCUCUGCAGCCAGAUCUGAACUUUCAGGAGCUUCUCUGAAAUUUUUUUUGAUAGUAAAACUACAAACAAAGGAGCCUAAAACAUAGUCGCCUGUGUAUUUUUAGGCCUUUAUUGACAAUAUGGCUUCCCUGGGCUUUGAUGUGUCUUUGGCCUGUAGCAGACAUUCAGCUCUUUUUAAGGAGGAAUGAGUUUUAUCAUUCCCUCCAUGUACUGUAUAUGUUGAGAAUGUUUUGAGCACAGUGGGGGGAAAAAAAUGGAGAUGGGGGGGAAACGGAUCUUUUUAAAGUACAGUUUUGUAAACAGGGUGUAGUUUAGCUAUGUUAUAAGUCAGGUUGUCAUUUUCUUUCUGAAUCAUAAUUGAGUUGAUCUCAGGUUGAUCAUUCCUAAACAGUUGUUUUAUUUUAUUUAAAUUGUGGCAACCGGACUGUAAAAUGUAGCUACACUAAGUAGUGGAUGUAGUUAUUUGGGAAAGAGUUGGUGUGACAGCGACACUUUAAUGCAAAUUGCAUUUAGGGUUAAAAUUUAUGAUUUACAUUCUUAUGAAAAGCAAUUCCAAAUGUGGAUUUCCUGUGUGCUGUUUAGAUCUUUGUUCUGUGUAUGUGAUGUAUAAACUUUGAUUUCUCGUGAACUUGCUUUCUGUGUCCUACACUGCAAUUUCUAACAGUUUGUCUUUUUAUUUAUAAUAUUGAUGAAUAAUAAAAAAAAUAAACGCCACAUGCCAAUAAGUUCACUUUUUCAA